CUAUCUACAAACGAUCUGACGAUUGUAUUUUGUGUAUAUACAACAACCUGAAACGAAACAAAAAUGACGAUAAAGUAUACGUUUGUAUGUUUGUCCCUUAUCAUUCUACACGUCUCUGCAAAAGAACCAAUAGAGUCAAAGGAUGGCAGAAUGGUAGGACACGACAUGACUACAUAUACGAAUAAUGAGACUGUUUUACUGCCGGUUCAUGGUAAAGACGAAAACUUGUGCAAGAUCUUUUCGUUUGCUGUCAUCUUUUUGGGUUCAGCGUUUACGGUGAUACGUUAUAGAGGACGGAGUGCAUCACACGUUAUAACAACACAACAAAGGCUAUCACUGAGAAUUUCAGGCACAGCAGGUGAAACUGACCAACUGCUGAAUGGAAAGAAGAAACAUGUAAAUUUUCAUAGAACUAUUGAUGCAACAUUGUCCCGCAUUGCGAUGUAUAAACUAUUAGAGAUGAUGAAAUCAGUCGGUCUAUUAUAUUGGAAUAACGCACCAAGGGGGACGGUGAUCAGAAUUGGGUCAAAAUUUAUUUUGACUGCAUGGCACGUUAUUGAACCAAUUGUUUCAAGCCCCGGGCGGAUCGAUAACAAUGGUAGACCUAAAAAUAGCGUGAUUUUACAAAAUUUAAAAAAGAAAGACGUUGUUAACGUUGGCUUUAAUAAAGAUGCUAAAAACAAAGAGCAUGACUGUCGAUCUGGGUUGUUACCAAAAAUAUGCUUUCUUGACAGAGCUGAGGAUGCUUGUAUUCUGGAAUUAGAUUGUGAUAGCGCCCUCCUUCCUGCACCAUUCAAUGUUUUUAUGGACUUUCGAAAAAUGUGGGAUAGGAAACCCCAAAGCAAAUUCGUACAUGUCAUGGGACAGCAUCCAACCGAAAGGAUUAUUGUUCUAGAUCCCGGCUGCAAAGUAAUAUCAAAAGGAGAUGAAAAGGUUAAAAAAAUUGACAAAUGGCUCAAGAAAAAUAAAAGUAAGGUUGUCAGAAACGGACACGAUAAACAUGAUGUUGAAGAAUGUUACGAGUAUUAUUAUGAAAGUGAGGACUAUUUGCUGCUUGACACAUAUUUAGAAUUCGGAGCGAGUGGAGGCGCUGUAGUCUCAUUUACACCUGACGGAGACAUUGCCUUAGUUGGGGUUCUGCUACAAGGUAUUCCAUCUUGGUACUGGAAUGAAGAAUGUGUCAAACAUGGCUAUUCGAGUAAGGUUCGAAUUGAAGUUGCAUGCCCAAUAUCAAACAUUCUAAAGUCUAAGGAAUGGAGAGGUAAUUUUACUAAAGAAACGUUGUUUUGGUUCUGAAACUUAAGAAGAGUACUGUUAACUUAAAAUUAAUUGACCCUAACCAUUGUAGGUUCGAAUAUCGCAAGGGACUUUAAUUUCUUUCAUAAAUAUGUUGAAACUAUCAAGCUAACUUACGGAAAGCCGGGGAUUUACUCAGGUGCCCAGUAGUGCAAGAGAUAAUACAUGGAGGGAGAAAGCUAGAAUGAACUUUUCUGUAAUAAGUAAGGAAAUAAAAAAAUCAGUUUGUGAAACAAAUGAAUUAUUAAUAUAAAAAAUAACUAAAAUUUGAGCAAAUGACUUUGGACUUUAAGUAAUCUUUGAAAAUUGUGCUUUAAUACACAUGUACAUACAUUCUUGGCAAAACAUAAUGAAAUAUUACAGUUACGUUUACUGUUUCUACUAUAAAUAUAUAUACUAGCUUAAAAAACAUGAGCCUAUGAAUUAAAAAACCUAAAACAAUAUGUUUGAAAUUGUUUAUAUCGACGCCGCAUUCAUUCUUUAUUUACCAGCUGGAAAUCGUAGGUUUG